AUGACCCUUUCUAUCCUGGGCUCAGGCAACCGCGUGCCACAGGAGAGGUACGUUCCCACGUGCAUAGAUAAACUUCCUCAGUUUAAUGGCGUCUCUAUCCUCCCCCCCCCCUCUCCUUCCUCCCUCCCUUUCUCUCCCCUCUUCCUCCCCUCCCUUCGAAACGAGUACGGCGAGCUGAUAGACGAGUUCAUGGAGGCGUGCGUGCAAGCAGCGCUUCGGGAGUACGACGAGCUGAUAGACGAGUUCAUGGAGGCGUGCAAGCAGCGGUUUGGGUCGGACGUGCUGAUUCAGUUUGAGGACUUUGCCAACCACAACGCCUUCCGCCUGCUCUUCCAGUACCGCGGCUCUCACCUCGUGUUCAACGACGAUAUCCAGGGCAACAUCUCUCUCGUGCCCCGCCCGCACCAUCGACCCACUAUUCCACCCUUUCCCCCUUCCGCUCUUCCUUCCCUCCACCCACAAUCUCCCUCCCACCAGGGCACAGCAGCUCUACCCCUGCUGGGCUCAUCCCCGUCCAACCAGACCAUCCUUUGCUCCCCCUUCCUCCAUUCCCCUCCCUCACCCCAUGGCCUCGCUCCCACCAGGGAACAGCAUCAGUGGCCCUGGCGGGGCUGCUGGCGUCUCUACCCCUGCUGGGCUCAUCCCUGUCCAACCAGACCAUCCUUUGCUCCUCCUUCCUCCAUUCCCCUCCCUCACCCCAUGGCCUCGCUCCCACCAGGGAACAGCAUCAGUGGCCCUGGCGGGGCUGCUGGCGUCUCUACCCCUGCUGGGCUCAUCCCUGUCCAACCAGACCAUCCUUUGCUCCUCCUUCCUCCAUUCCCCUCCCUCACCCCAUGGCCUCGCUCCCACCAGAGAACAGCAUCAGUGGCCCUGGCAGGGCUGCUGGCGUCUCUACCCCUGCUGGGCUCAUCCCUGUCCAACCAGACCAUCCUUUGCUCCUCCUUCCUCCAUUCCCCUCCCUCACCCCAUGGCCUCGCUCCCACCAGGGAACAGCAUCAGUGGCCCUGGCAGGGCUGCUGGCGGCUCUACCCCUGCUGGGCUCAUCCCUGUCCAACCAGACCAUCCUUUGCUCCUCCUUCCUCCAUUCCCCUCCCUCACCCCAUGGCCUCGCUCCCACCAGGGAACAGCAUCAGUGGCCCUGGCAGGGCUGCUGGCGUCUCUACCCCUGCUGGGCUCAUCCCUGUCCAACCAGACCAUCCUUUGCUCCUCCUUCCUCCAUUCCCCUCCCUCACCCCAUGGCCUCGCUCCCACCAGGGAACAGCAUCAGUGGCCCUGGCAGGGCUGCUGGCGUCUCUACCCCUGCUGGGCUCAUCCCUGUCCAACCAGACCAUCCUCUUCUUCGGGGCGGGCGAGGCCGGCACAGGCAUUGCCGAGCUGCUGGCGACCGCAAUCAGCAGAGAGGCGAACAUAUCCCUGGCGGAGGCUAGAGGCCGCAUUUGGCUCGUGGACUCCAAGGUGAGCCACUCAAAGUUGAAGCCCUUUGAUCAGGUGAUUUAUGAUCAGUGGACUCCAAGGUGCAUCUGGCUCGUGGGCUCCAAGGGUCUGGUGGUGCGCAGCAGAGUGGACUCGUUGCAGCCUCACAAGGUUCCCUUCGCGCAUGACCACCCCGAAUCAGCUGAUCUCGUGGAGACCAUCCAUGCCAUACGGCCAACAGCGCUGAUAGGGGUGUCAGGGCAGGCAGGGACGUUCACCCAGCCAGUGUGUGAAGCCAUGGCUCAACUCAACGAGCGACCCAUCGUCUUCGCUCUCUCCAACCCCACGUCGCUCUCUGAGUGCACAGCAGAGGACGCGUACAAGUGGACUCAGGGUCGGGCCAUAUUCGCCAGUGGCAGCCCGUUCGCCCCAGUAGAAAUGGAUGGGAGGCGGUUCGUGCCAGGGCAGGGAAACAAUGCGUAUGUGUUUCCGGGGAUCGGCCUGGGCUGCCUCAUGUGUGGGGCCACCAGGAUGAGAGACGAGAUGUUCCUCGCUGCUGCCGAGGCACUGGCUGCACAGGUGAGCGACGACGACAGGGAGCAGGGGCGCGUGUACCCACCCAUCUGGAAGAUUCGGCAGAUCUCAGCCCACAUCGCCAGGGCCGUUGCUGCUAAGGCGUAUGAUCUCGGAGUGGCGACCAACUUGCCCAGGCCACCAGAUCUCCUGUCCUAUGCCUUCAGCAAAAUGUACAACCCUCAAUACAGAAGCUUCCGAUGA